AUAAGUGUGCUAAUUACUGUAUAAAAAUAUGUUUUUAGUCAAAAACUAAAAUGACCGUUGUUGAAUCAGGAAAAGGUGUCAUAAUCAAGAAAGGCAACAAUCUAAAGUAUGUCUAUGUUAGCAACUCAGCUAAAGUAGAAAAAAUGGAAAACUUUUUUUUUAGUUGUAAAGAUUUGAUUGGACAUCCGUUUGGGUCAGCAUUUAAAGUAUUAGAUAAAGAACGAUUGUUAAAGAUAGAUCCUGUUUUAGUUGAAACUCACAAUCAAGAGUAUGAAAAUGCAGGGAGUAAUUUAGAAGACACAAGUGGUGAUAAUCGAGAGAUUCAAGAUGAUUCUAACUCACAACGCUUGGGUAAAAAUGAGAUUGAGGCAAUGCGAGAUGAAGGAAAAUCUGGUGAAGAAAUUGUAAAAGAAAUUGUUGAAAACAGCUCAACCUUUCAAGGGCGAAAUAUUUUUUCUAAAUCCAAGUAUUUAAAAAAGAAAAACAAGAAGUAUAUUGCACAUUUUGUUGUUCUUAAACCAACAACGAGGUUACUUGCUGAAAUGUAUUUUCAAAAAAAUCCAACUAAAAUUCUGGAACUUCGGCCUGACACCUUAGCACAAAUAUUAACCUACUCGAAUGUUCAAUUUGGUUCAAAAGUAUUAGUUCUUGAAACCUGUCAAGGCUUGGUGGCAGGUUCCAUUUUGGAGCGUCUUGGAAGCAAAGGUAGCAUACUUCAAAUAUAUCAAGGUUCGUUUCCUGUUCGUAUUGUAAUGGAGCAGUUCAACUACUCGGAGGUAGACACUGACAAUGUUUUAUGCAGUUAUCCAUUAGAAAAAUUAGGUAUCUUGCCUGAUUUGCUAAAAAGUGGUAAAUCAGAUGAGGAUUUAAUAGAAUUUAUUUUGGGUAAACACAAAGACGAACAAGAGCAUAUUAAAAAAAUAGAAAUAAGUAAAAAUUUAGUUGAUUGCAACUUAGAUACUGAAGAAAUCCCACUCACCAAAAUUGGUGAAAAAAGAAAAUUUAAAAAGAAUGAGAGUGAAGAAAGAAAAACAAAUUUCACAAAUAUAGGUGGUGUUAGGUUUUUGUCACGAGAAAAACGUAUUCAGGAAACUCUUACAGCUCUAAAACUACUUCGUAACAAUGAUUUCGAAAGUUUAAUUUUGGUCUCUAAAUAUCAUCCGAAGUUACCGUUACUAACAUUACUUGAUUAUCUUCCUCCAUCUUGUCCAUUUGUUGUUUACUUUACACAUCAGGAACCAUUAAUGGAGUGCUUUGUUAACUUAAAAGACAAGCAAUGUGCUACGAACUUGGAGCUAACUGAGUCCUGGUUUCGCAACAUUCAAGUGUUACCGAAACGCACUCAUCCUGAAAUUGUAAUGAGUGGAACUGGGGGAUAUCUUUUACGAGGUAUUAAAGUCGAUCCUUCGUAAAAUAUUUUAUAAAGCAACUUACUUAAAACAAGAAAAUUUUGUAUUUCUCAUUUAUUUACUUUUUAUAGUUUACGCUGUUUAAACUACGUUAACUACCACUGAAA